AUGGCCUCAGAAGCAGAGAGAACAUUCCAUCGGUUUGCUGUCUUCGAAGAAUCAUCCAGCAGUGGCACAGAAAUGAGCAACAAGAACUUUUCCAAACUCUGUAAUGACUGUGACAUCACGGACAGCAAGACAGUGACCUCCACAGAUGUUGACACUGUGUUCAGCGAAGUGAAGGAAGGCCCUGGUAAGAACGGGAGGUAUGGGCGCCAUCUCCUGGUGAAGGCAGACAGUCUCAAGCAGUACCUGGAACUUCAAGGACCUGGGGAAUUGAGCCAUCUUGGAAGAGUUGAGCGGUUGGGGAGGGCGCUGCAGCUGCAGCACCAAAAAGAAAAAUUUUGUCUCCUGCUCCAACUCUUGCUCCAAGAGCUGUGGGUGGCUGAGGUCAGCACCAAGCCUAGCCACACGACCUCCUCUCAGUGGUUUAAAAGUCAGCAUGUACAGCCCAACCCCCAAGCAUGCAACUCAGUCAUGGGCCACAUCAACAAGUACACCAAAACCUGUGAAAACCGCAACACCUUCCUGCACGCGUCCUUCUCCAGUGUGGCCUCCACCUGCCGGACUCUGGCCCUAGCCUGCAAGAAUGGCCGGAAGAACUGGCACCAAAGUCAAAGUGUGUCCCUGACCACGUGUGAACUCACCUCCAGGAAGAUCCCGAACUGCAGAUACAGGAAGCAUCAGAGUGCAUUUUACAUAGUAGCCUGUGACCCUCCUCAGGAAGAGAACUCUGGAACAUUCCAGCUGGUUCCUGUGCACUUGGACCAAGUACCUUAG